ACAAGCCCAAGAAGCCCAAGAACUUGCCAAAGUUGCAAAGCACAGGUGCCAAGAUGUCCCAGUCACACCCAGACCUGUGUCACUGACACCUUAGUGCUGGCAUUUUUCUAGGGCUCUAUGCUUUUUCCACUUCAGGAGGGUCUCAAAGAUAUUCGUACAAAGGUAUGGGGACUGCUGGGUUUCAAAUGGUCACAUUCAUGAUUCUGUUUUUUUGCUUUAGGAACCUUUCACAACCUUCUUCCUCAAUGCAAAUGAAGGAAAAUUUGACCAUCCAGAUCGAACCUUCUCAUCAAUUACCAGGUCUUGGAGAACUAGUCAGAGAGAUACUUCUGACGUAAAGGAACUAAUUCCAGAGUUCUACUACCUACCAGAGAUGUUUGUCAACAGUAACGGAUAUCAUCUUGGAGUCAGAGAAGAUGAAGUAGUGGUAAAUGAUGUUGAUCUUCCCCCCUGGGCAAAAAAACCUGAAGACUUUGUACGAAUCAACAGGAUGGCCCUGGAGAGUGAAUUUGUUUCUUGCCAGCUGCAUCAGUGGAUUGAUCUUAUAUUUGGCUAUAAACAGCGAGGACCAGAAGCAGUCCGAGCUCUGAACGUUUUCCACUACUUGACCUAUGAAGGCUCGGUGAAUCUGGACAGUAUCACUGAUCCUGUGCUCAGGGAGGUAGGUGUGAAGUUCUGUAUUCUUCCAAAACUGGCAUCUCUCAAAACACAAAUUUGA